UUUAUCUAAUUUCUUUCCUGUUAACAACCCGAAGAUGAGUUUUUUUAUGGUUUAAACGCAACGAAGCUACAAGCUUUGCAUUGUCAUCGGAGCAUUGUGCUCCUUCUCCUGCUCCAGGGCCCCUAACGAGCCCUCUACUUAGAGGACUCCCAGGGAGCUCACUCCUGAUUGGCCAGCAGAGUGUCUCCUUGUGGCUGGCUCAACUAAAAGCUUAAAACCCAGCUAGCACAGAGCGCACAAACAACGCUGUCAGUAUUAGCAGCCAAGCCCCAACCUGGACAGCCAACUCCAACACACCUGCUGCCUACACCCCUCCCUGACUGCCCCAGCCAUCAAUGUCCUUAAUCUAACACUAUGUCCCAUCCCCUGGAUAACCCAUAUGCCUCUGGGAACCAAAGUUCAACCCAGGGACACAAUAUGCAGUCCAUUCCAGUGUUGGGUGAUUAUGACUGUGCAGAGCCAGACAAACUUACAGAGUCUAGUCGACCCAAGCACACUUCUGAAUCAGCUGCUAACAUCCUUCUACGCUAUGGACUUGAAAAAGAGGACUUGGACCAUCUCAUGUUUUACCCUGAAGACCAGCUCACUCCUGAUAACCUGCCGUUCAUAUUGCGGCAAAUCCGCAUUCAGAAGGCCAAGAGUGCUACAUCAGCAGUUCAGUCAGUACCCUUUCCCGAACCCCAACCCACCAGAAGUGUGAGUGAAAUGGACAGUCACAGUUUGAGUAGUUCUAGAGGGGCAGGGAUGAGCCAGGAGCAAAUGUCAACGACUGCUCUCCAGCCGAGUAAAGUGACUGAAUAUGGACCUACUGGCAAAUAUGGAGGGGUUGGGGAUGAGAUUGGAAGGACCGGUGACAGUAGAGCUAACAGUGGUGGGAGUGGAAGUAUCUUUAGACACAGUCAAGAACCACUGCAAAAUAUAACAACAGAGGUGAAAAGUACUGCUUUGGGCUCUUCAUGUGAGCAGGCAAGUUCUGUUACCAGUCUCAGUUCUUCGUACAGUUCAGUACUGAGCUCUGUGGCUCCCCCAAGAAAUGAUCCAGACAAACAAUUGCAGACCCAACCAAACCAGACCCAAACAAUCCUCAGCUUUUCCUCGCUGCUAAAGAAAGACACAGACAUCAGAGUUCUCAAGACUGAAGACUCCAAACCCGGUCCUUCAAACGAACCAGUGGCAGACCGCCAGUCAGUGUUGAAAACUGGCAGUGAUCGCACCAGUGGAAUUAAGGAUCAGAGUAAAACUCAAGGUCAAGAUUCAACAGUUGCUGAGGAGAUGAAAAAGCAACAGACCCAGCAGACGCAGAAGCAGCCAUCAUUGCAGACGGGGCAGGAGAUCAGGCCUCCAGUUUUUCCUGCUGCGAAAUUAGUUCCCCCUGAACAUCUCAUCCCCAGCAUCACUGAUGGCUCACAGGCCAUGCAAUGUCCGGUGUUUAUCCCUACACGUGGUCCUCCAGCUCUGCCUCAGCCAAUCCCGGAUCACAUGACGCUGCUGACUUCCAACAGACAGCCUCCACUAAAGGUGGCAGUCUCCAAGGCUCUGCCAUCGCUGGCCAUGAUACAUGACUAUGUGGCGGUCUGGCCGAAAAUCUUUCCACAUACCUGUUCUCUGUGUAACAAAGACUUUCAUCAUAUGAAGGAUUGGCUCUCCCACCAGAGCACCAGCCUUCACCUUGAGAACUGCAAACUCCUGCGAAAACAAUACCCAGAUUGGAAUGGUGGGAUAGCACUCGGGCCAAGGACUGCAGGUAAGGAUGUCAAGCUCUCAGCAUCAACUUCUGCAAAGACUUCCCAACAUCGUCUACAUAAAACAAGGCAUGGAAGCAGCUCACGUUCCUGUUCGUCCAGCCCCCGUCGCCCCCAUGGCUCAGAGGUUAGAAGGGAGAAAUGCAGCAGCCGAUCACGAUCGUCGCACAGCUCCAGAUCCAAUCGCAGGUCCCGGUCUCGUUCUCACUCUCCAUGCUAUGACCGGCAAACCUCUUCCUGCUAUCGGUCAUGUUUAGGGAGCCCUGAGAGACAAUUGUUGCCAAGGAGGAGAGACAAGAAAUGGUCCACACCAAGGAAGAAUGACGAGCAACGAUCCUCUCCAAGUAAGAGCUGUGAGAGACAUUCUCCACCAAGGAGGAGAGACGAGAGACGAUCACCACCAAGGAGGAGUGAGGAGAGACAGUCGGCAUCAAGUACGAGUGAUGAGAAACAAUUGCCGCCAAGGAGGAGUGACAAGAAAUGUUCACCAAGGAGAAAUGAUGAGAGACAAUCUUCUUCCAGGAAAAGCAAAGAGAGACAAUUUACGCCAAGGAAGAGUGAGAAGAGAUGGUCGCCACCAAGGAGGAGCAACAACAGAUGGUUCCUGCCAAGGAGAAGUGACAAUAGACGAUGGCCACAAAGGAGGAGCCGUGAGAGGCGAUCGUCCACAGAAGAAUCAUCCCCUAAACGAAAGAAGUCGAGCAGUGCAGAGAGACUGGCUAAGAAACUACUGGAAACAUCAGCUGUCCAGUCUCUGUCAAACCAGUCUGACCUGGAGGCCGUAGUUAAAGCUCUGGCUCCUGCUUUACUGGCCGAGCUAGGCAAGAUGAAGUCCUCCUCUUCCUCCUUCUCUACAGCAAAGGGGGAGUCAUCUACAGAUCCCUCUAAAGCAACGCCCAGCCUGCAGAAGAGCGUACCAAGUUCUGCUACAAAGACAAAGGAAACUGAUUCUAAGGAGCAAAAGCAGCCUCCUCAGAAAAAACCUGCCACAUCCGGUGAUGCCACACCUCAAACCGCUACAUCCACAACCACCUCUAGAAAGGUUGUUCUCAAAAAAGCUGCAAGAGGCAAACUUGCCUCUCAGAAGAUUGCAGCUAAAGCGUCAGUUAAAGGCACGGCUUUCAUUAAAUCAGUAGUCUGUGUUUCUAAAGCCAAAAACAUCAUAACCAAGCAGAUGGCUAAAACGGCAAAAACGGGAAAGUGUCCUGUGAAGGGAGCUGUGAAAAAGACUGUGGUAAAGCAUAUUAGUUCCAAGUCCACUGCUCAAGGAAAGAUGACCAAGACAGAGUCUUCGCAAAUGCAACCGCAGGCUGCAGGACGCCCAGCUGAAGCUGCUGUGGAGGCAAAGCUGCCAGGUGGAGGGUUGGAGAUAAAGACAGUGCAAAAAACUUUCCAGUCUCUGUCAAAACAGUCUGCUCCUGAUUUACGGGAUGAGCUAGACAAGAUGAGAUUCUCCUCUUCCUCCUCUACAGCAAAGGAGGAGUCAUCUGUAGAUCCCUCUAAAGCAACACCCAGCCUGCAGAAGAGCGUACCAAGUUCUACCACAACGACAAAGUCUGGUAAAUCUUCACUUCCAACCACAGUGAGAAUCGAAGGGAUUAGUAGUUGUGUCCCACGCAAUGAUGUGAUUGUUUCUUUGGAGCACUUUGGAAAAACUAAGUCAAUUGUACUGUUUGAGUCACAACGGGAGCAGGCUACAGGACAGCCAACUGAAGCUGCUGAGGAAGCAGUGCUGCCAGGUGGAGGGGUGGAGACAAAAACAGUUCAAAAAGCUGUCCAGUCUCUGUCAGAACAGUCUCACAUGGAGGCCGUGGUUAAAGCUCUGGCUCCUGAUUUACGGGAUGAGCUUGACAAGAUGAAAUUUUCCUCUUCCUCAUCCUCCUCCUAUACAGCAAAGGAGGAGUCAUCUGUAGAUCCCCAUAAAGCAACGCCCAGCCUGCAGAAGAGCGUACCAAGUUCUACCACAACAAAGUUUGGUAAAUCUUCACCUCCAACCAUGGUGAGACUCAAAGAGAUUUGUAGUUCUCUCUCACACAGUGAUGUGAUUGUUGCUGUGGAGCACUUUGGAAAAACAAAGUCGGUUUUACUUUUUCGGUCCAAACUGGAGGCAAUCGUGUGUUUUGAGAAAGCAGAAGACGCUAACAAAUUGAAGAGCGCAAAGAGCCUCAAUGUUAAAGGAACAGUAAUCACUGUUGUCAGAGAAAAGGAGACUGAUUCUAAGGAGCAAAGGCAGCCUGCUCAGAAGCCUCCACUUAAAGAGCCUUUACCCUCCGGAGCCAAAGAGGCAACUACAAGCAAACUUACCAAGACAGAGGCUUCACAAAUGCAACAGCAGGCUGCAAGACACCCAGCUGAAGCUGCUGUGGAGGCAAAGAUGCCAGGUAGAGGGUUAGAGACAAACACAGUGCAAAAAGAUCCUGUGGCUGCAGGAAAAACACAAACGGAUGCAGCUUCAGCAAAGGCUGCAUCUCUAACAUCUGAGCCCACAGCUGCAGCAGUAAGAGAGCAGCUACCGGCAGUAUCCACGCUGUCUUCUGCAGUUACCCCUCUGACUCUUGGGGAGAUGGUAGAAAAGCACCUGGAUCCAAAGAGAAUAAUGUAUCUCAAGUUGAACAGCUAUACUUCACCAGAUUAUUUCAAAUAUGGUAAGAAGCUGUUGCUCAUAACUGGACUGCCGGAGUAUCACGAUGGCCGCUACACAGAGGAUGAACUUGCAGAACUUCUCAAGCCAUUUGGGUUUCAACAUAAAGAUGACACCAUCUAUGUCGUUCCUCAGACAUGCAUGGCCUUCGUCAUGAUGCCGACAGUGAAGAAUGUGCUUCACACAAUGAGGGCAGUCAGAGAGAAUGGCAUUUAUUUCAAAGGCUCUACACUCCAUGCCCAUGUUAUAUGCAGUUUCAUUGCAAACACUCCGUUUGGGUUUUAUGAAUCGCUGAUGAAGCUGAUGAAGUCUCGCGUGGUUGAUGAUGGAGUGAGAACAGUUCUCAUCAAGAACAUUUCACAGAGUGAGAUCAGGGACCUGAGAGAAGCUUUGAAAAAAGUCAGUUCUAUCAGAAACUACCUGCCUCUCCUCAACAAGCUGUUUAUAGAAUUUGAGUCUGUUUGCGAUGCUGAUCGGUUUGGAGUUUGGCACAGUCUCCUGAAACAAGCACCUCGACACAAAGUUCACAGGCUGAAAAUACCAAACACCUGCUAUCGAUCACCACCACCAAGAUUUCCUGAAAACGCUCUGCCGGAUAUCAAGGAUGUUGUUUUCGGGGCAACUAUCCCUCUAAUAAAAAACAUUCCUCAGGACAGCAUUUCACCAUUUUGGGUCACGAUGAGAACUAGCCCCUUCCUGUUCCCCACCUUGUCUCCCUGGUUCAUCAUCCCAGAUUACCUGACAGUCAGAAGAAAAGACGACAUUGAGAAGGCCAGUGGUUCCAAGUUCCCCACAAUCAUGUUGACCGGUUUGCCAGAGGGAAACUACCAGCAUGAGGAUGUGGCCAAGCUGGUCUGGCGGUAUUUCCCUAAACAGAACCUUCGCUCCCUGUACUACAACGUGACGGUCUUAACGCUGCAGAGGAGGGCAUUUGUGUUUUUUGCUGAUUGGACUACGUGCUGUGAUUUUGUCCGAGAUCACCUCAAAAAUCCGGUUUCUGUCAAAUUCUGCACGCUCAGUGUACACUUCGUUUUGCAAGACAUGAAUCCUGAGUCCAGUGAGGAGAGGAUGUACAGAAGUCUGAUGAAGUGGAGCAAUGCUGGAGUUCCAGAGCUAAAGUCUCUGGAGGAGCGGUUGCUCUGUGUGGAGUUUUCUCAUACUUCUGUGGCCCUCAUCAGGAAAGUCAUCGAAGUGGUGGCUUCCAUCGCAAGCUUUGUCAGCUUCCUGCCGCUUGCUAACAGGAUUUGCAUUGAGAUGGCUGAUUCCAGCGGUGUAACACAAGUGGUGAAGUUCGCACCGGCCUUUUUUGAAAAGCAGACAGCUUGGAUGAAAGUUAAAAGUUUUGAGCCUUUGAAAAGCCUAAAAGAGCGUCUACGAGAUUCUACCGAGUUCACAAUAAACUUUCAAACAAACACCAUCAGUGUCAAAGCCAAGCCCCCAGCUGUGAAAUGUCACACUCAUUCUCGUCCCUCCAAACUUUUUGAUACUGGGUCACAAGCUGCUCUUCCAACCAGUGGCCCUGGUGGAUCCAACAUUUCUGAGCCCGUCACAGCAGGACCAAGUGCUAACAAAAAGAGGAGCCCCGGAAACAGCAACACAAGCUCUCGAACUGCAGCGGCUCAAGACGCACCACAAAGAAUGGAUGAGGAUGAUUUUACAGAUGACAGUGUUUCUGCCUAUCUUCCUAUCGCCUAUCUUUUUGAUGAGCAAAAUUUCUGCGGUUGUAGGACACCUACCCGCUUGUCCUCCACUGCACAUGAAAGGGAAAAGAUAACAUCAGCAGCAACUGUCAAGUCAUCAAGGGAGGCUCAUCCAAACCCACUUAGACAAGAAACACAAGACACAGAGAGCGCAGUGGCAAAGUCUGAUCACAAAGUUUCAGCAGAGGGCAAUGCUGCAAAAACUGUUGCUUCACAGACAAAAAUAGAAACAUCAUCAGAGAUGCGUCCACCUCCGCAUGGACAUGAGGUAGGGUUGAGCCAAACCCAGAGUCUGGAUGCUGAUUGUAAUGUGAACACUCUCAAAGACCAGAAGAAAAGAAAACAGGAAGGGAAAGAAGAUGUUGACAAACAUUCAGAGGUGGAGGAGGACGACAGAGAAAAUUACCAAAUCCUUGAUUCACUCGAUGAUCAAACAGAUGAACAGAUGGAUAAUGGGGACCAACAUGGCAGCUCUGAAACCCAGCUAACUGGACCUGAGGGAAGCCAGACUUUGCAUGAGGAAAAAGGCAUAUUCCACUUAGAGGAGGACAGUGAAAUGGAAACGACCAGAUCUUUACAAGUGCUAGACAGUGUUACUGAAGACCAAGCAGCUGCAGGUCAAGAGGACAGUCGCCUGGUCCAAGAUGACGGUUCCACAGUAAAACAACUGUCUGAGGAAGAUGCAAAUCCAGUAGUCGACAAAUCUGAUGAUGCCGUUAAAGAUGCAGUUGGUAAAGAGACAGAUAACAAAGAACAAUUCCAAGUGUUAGUUACAGGUAGCAAACAAGGUCCAAAGGGAGAUGGAAAGAAGAAAGAACAAAAAGAGGAAGAGGUCAAAGUUAAAACACUUUCAGCAGAAUCCUCUAAAACCUCCAAAGAUGUGGAAAAUCCUGAUGGCCGAAUCCCAAAUGAAGACCAGCUUCUUCAAGAAUGCGACAGCAAAGACAAUUUAAAAGGCCCUGCCAGUGAUGUUACUGAAGAAGAAACCUUUGAGAUGUUGGAUUCAAUUAAUGAUCAAACUGCUACAUUAGAUGACAACCAAAAACAUGAAACCCCCAGUGAGCAGAUAUCCAAAGAAUUCAUUAGACCCGAAGGGGAAGAGGAAGACACAGAUCUGGUAACCGAUACUGUGAAAGAUCGGCCAAUGAAGUCAAAGGUAGACGACAAGGAGAAAAGCACCAAGAAAGAGGAGGCGACCCCUAGAAAAGAUGAGAGACAAUCAAAGAGGAGUGACCCUGCAACCUCUGCAUCCAAAAGUGAAGAAAAAGAGAAAUCUCAGGACAAGAUGGUUAAAAAAUAUGAGACACAAACUAAGAUGGGCAUCAGUGCAGCGGUUUCUAAAAAAGACAAAGAGGUCACUGAGGAGGUGGUUUAUGAGGUAGUAGAUUCUGUUGAAAAUGAAGUGUAUAGAGAUGCUUCCGCCACAGAAAGGUCUGGCAGAAGAAGGAGUGCAAGAGGAAAGAAAGUAAAUGAGAAUGCUGAUGAUGAGCUGACCAUCAUGAGAAGAUCUACCAGAGUAAAAAGGGAAAGAACAACUAAUAAAGAUGCUUCGAUUGAGAAAACACAAAAAGAGGACACACCAACAAGAAGGAGGCACGCUCCUGCCAGAGAGUCACAGGAACGAAGCAGGGAAAAAACACCAAAGAGAGAGUCGAAAGUUCCUCUAAAAGAGAGCACACCAACAAAGAAGGACAUUGCUGCAAGAAAAGUAAGUGAAGACGAUGCUAACUGUGAAAUAUCCUCUAUGGAGGACGGGGUUGUUAAGCAUGAUCAGCCCGCCACGGGAGGAGGAGUAAAAGGAAAGAGGGGAAGACCAAAGAAGCCGGUUCAAACAACUAAAAAAGACAAAGUAACAUUAAAGGCUGACGAAGACUCAUCCGAAAAAGUGGCUGAUGAAGCAGAAGCAACCUAUCUGACUCUUAAUUCUGUCGAGAAGAGAAAGGUUGAUGAUCAGCUCCCCACAGGACAGUCUGCUAAACGCAAACAUGUUAAUGACUCAGAGGAAAGCAUGAAUUUUGUGACCGUAGACGAGGUGGGAGAGGUUGAGCUGGAGGAGGAGGAGGAAGAGAAAGUGGUAACACCCAGGACAAGAGGCCGGACAAAGAAGAGAAGCAGACAGACUCCUGCUGUGAGCAAGCAGAGGGCGGAGCUUGUCGAACCUGAAACAAAGCGAUCUUGUUCUCGGUCUCAUUGUGUCUCUGCUGACUACAAACUGCCGGCAUUUAAACCCAACAAUCCUCUUGGUCAGGACUUUGUGGUCCCCACAUCAGGUUAUUUCUGUAAUCUCUGCUUUGAUUUCUACAAGAGCACUGCCAAGGACCUCCACUGCAGCAGCCAGAGACACUACGACAACCUGCAGAAACAUUACCAGAAGCUUCAACAGAAACCAUCAAGAUGUUCAACACAAAGUGCUCAAGGCUCUGUUUCUGAAUGAUCCCAACUUCAACUACGGAUUUAUUUUUGUAUUGUUUGUUAAAAAUGUGAAAACGCUGAAUCUGGACAAGAGAAACAGCUUCACGAAUCACUGCAGAGACAGCAGAUUAGAUGUGGUCAUAGUGACUCCUUGUUUCAUGUAAAUGAUGUAAAUUAUACAUCUACAAUAAUAUAAAGAUAUUUGAGCAUUAGUUUCCCCAUUAGGAUUUGAACUCCCUCUAAAGGUGCCUUGUUCUGCCCGCAGUUGCACAGUUACGUUGUAUCAAUUGUUUUUUGGGAAAAACAGAAACUGAGUUUCAUCAUGAAGUCUGUAAUGGUCACAUUUUUUUAACAAAUAACUCUUACUUUAAAGGGUGCUACAUGACCUAUUGUACCUAUCAAUAGAUCAUUACAAUAGUAUUUUUAAGAUGAUUAGUGUAGUCACCACAUACAAACAAGAGGAGAAUGUAAACCUGUAAGUUUGUUUACUGUUUUUAUUUACAAUUUUUGCAUAAAAAUCCUGAAUGGAACCGAUGGAAAUAAAAAAUCCAAAUAUC